AUGGCUGGUGGCAUCUUCUCCCCGCUGGGGAGCUGCUCGGAGCUGGAGAAGGCCAACUGCCACCCACUGGUCUGCCUGCUCUGCCAUGAGCCCUACCAGCACCCCUGCCUGCAUCCCUCGGUGGUGAGGGGGGGCACAGGGCUGCCCCCCGUGGACCGGCUCCUGCAGUUCCUGGUGGACAGCUCGGCUGAUGGCGAGGAGGAUGUGCAGUGCGCCAACUGUGACCGGCGCUGUGCCAAGGCGGAGCUGGACACCAUGUACUUCUGCAACACCUGCGGGCAGCCCCUCUGUGCCCCUUGCCGUGAGGAGACCCACCGUGCCAAGAUGUUCGCCCGCCACGAGAUCGUCUCCCUCUCCAAGCGCACCAAGGACAUCCACAAGAAGUGCCCGCUGCACGAGGAGCCCUACAUCAUGUUCUCCACCGAGAAGAAAUCCAUGCUCUGCAUCAACUGCUUCAGGGACAUGCAGGGGGAGAGCCGGGCACACUGCAUCGACAUCGAGACGGCGUACAUGCAGGGCUGCCAGCGACUGGACCAGGCGGUGAUGGCCGUGAAGGAGCUGCAGACCUCCACGCGCGAGGCCAUCGUCCUCCUCAAGGCCAUGAUCGAGGAGGUGCGCAACAGUGCCAGCGAAGAGGAGGCAGCCAUCAAUUCCCUCUUUGGCCGCAUGCAGGAGCAGCUCUCUGAGAGGAAGAAGACACUCCUGAAAGCUGUUCAGAGCCAACACGAGGAGAAGGAGAAGGCGUUCAAGGAGCAGCUUGCCCACCUCGCCUCCCUGCUGCCCACCCUGCAGGUCCACCUGGUGACCUGCUCAGCCUUCCUCAGCUCCGCCAACAAAGCCGAGUUCCUGGACCUGGGCUACCAAUUGAUGGAGAGGCUGCAGAGGAUUGUCAAGCUGCCGCAUCGCCUGCGGCCCGUCCCGACCAGCCAGGGAAUUGCCCGGCACUUCCUCGCCCGGGAUAUAUUUAGGCCCGUUGAUGUCACAACGGCGCUUGGCCCUGCCAGGCGCUCCCGGCCGGAGAGGACAAACAGGCUCCCCGGCGGCCAAUGCUCCAAGACCCUCAUCGUGCCCGGCUGCCCCCCUGCCAGCGAUAAAAUGUCCACCGGCCCCAUGGUGCGGAAGCCGACGAUGCACCGGUACAUCAGCACCAAGGUCCUGCUGGCCGAGGGGCGCGAGACCCCCUUCGCUGAGCACUGCCGCAACUACGAGAACACCUACCGGAUGCUGCAGACGGAGAUCCAGGGGCUGAAGGACCAGGUGCAGGAGCUGCACCGCGACCUCACCAAGCACCACUCGCUCAUCAAGACAGAGAUCAUGAGCGAGAUCCUGCAGAAGUCCCUGCAGAUGGACGUGCAGAUCGCGGCUCACUACUCUGCCGUGGAGAUGAUGCGCAGCGUCUUUGAGGAGGUCUGGGAGGAGACGUACCAGCGGGUGGCAAAUGAGCAGGAGAUCUAUGAAGGGGGACAUGGCUUGCGCUCCCCCCCAUCCCGCCACAGGCUGCAGGAGCCCCGGGAGCCCAAGGAGGAACAGGCGCAGAUGCUGCUCAAGAUCUGCGAUGACAGCGAAGCAGCACCAAGGGACGCCUCGCCCAGCGGCAAGGACGGGGGUCCAGCCAGCCCUGGGGAGGACUGCGUGCCCAGCGGCACCACCGGAGACCCCUCCCCAAAAAGCAGAGACUGCUGCAAGGGCCAGCAGAAAAGCGGGGCUGAGAGCACUGCCCGGAAAGAGGUUGCACCAUAG